AUGAACAGCAGUCAGGAAUGGCAGGAAGGGCCCCCCAAGUUGAAGAGGGUCGGGCCUACGACCUGUGGCUACUGCUGCACUACUUUCCCUUCCACAGACGCCCUGCGCGCUCACAAGUCGAAGAAGAUCCAAGAUGAGAAUAAAGAUCCAGGAAAAGAUUCGGUGCACCUCUGGUGCGAAAUCUGCAACCGGGACUUUCACACCCUAGGCGGGGUUAUCGAGCACAUGCGACUGGCGCACCGUCACAAGCAAAACUUUCCUUGCCCAGGCUGCACCGUGAAGUUCGAGUCGCUGUCAUCCUUUAUCGAGCAUGUGGAACUUGGCCGGUGCAGCAAGCUUGAUAUUGAGACCCUUCAGGCUCGGUUUGCGGCAAAGUUUACCUUCGCCAAAGGUCUGGCGAAACUUGAUCUCGAGAGCAAGCAAGAGCUCCCCAGAAUAAAACAAAAGGACUUUUCCUUGUAUCUUGGACACGAUGCAGACCCAGAAGCUUCGUGGCAGGAAAGCCACAAUCUGCUGUCGGAGUGGGAGGUUGUCGAUCCGAACGCAUGGGCUUCAUCAGAGCCUAUCCCUUCGAAAGACGAGGCUUUCCCCAGGAUGGCCCAUCACGAGUAUCUGCGUGGAAACACUAAUGCUCCGGAUAUCCUGACUGGGGAUCAAAACAACCCAUUGGAGGGCAAGUGUGAGGAGAACAGCUGGGCCCGGGACAAGAACCUGUUUCCGGGCUCACGCCCAGCCCAGAGGCCAACUGCCGAGCAGUUACAGGACCUGAAUUCCAACCAGCAAGCUGCACUUGCGCGUGCCAGUGGCGAGAAGAGGGACAGCUUCGACCCGAAUAGCCCCUACUUCGAUCCACAGCAAUGCUGGCAUGAUAUCUUGCAAAAGUACAAGUGCCCUCACAAGGCAACAUGCAAGAAAACUUUCAACAACAAGGCCGCGCUCGUACAGCAUCUCAGGACAGCCAACCACAGCGGCAGAAAGUUCACUUGCCCUUCCUGUCUAGACCGCUUCGAUAGUCUUUUCUCUCUUGCUGCCCACGUCGAGUCCCCAAGCAGGAAGUGCAAGAUAAAUCGCGAGUUUGCCGAGAAGGACAUGUAUAGAAUAUUCCUCGAUCAGCUUACAUUGGGCAUGAUCGAGGUCGGGGACAUUUUCGAUGACCACACUCAGAAAUUUGAGUUUCAGGGGGAGUUCAAAGAGCUGUAUGGCCCGCAGAAGACCUCAGGCCCAACCUUUGGUCACAUGCAGAUGCAUGGAUUCAGCGGCGGAGGCAAGUCAGUCCCCACUGGUCGACCGGGGCUCACGGAAGCAGCCCUGAGCAACCAUCAGCAACAGAUCGGAAAACAGGGUCCGCGGUUCACGCCACCCGGACGGCAGCAUGACAGCGGUCGUGGUGGUUCUGGUCCGGAGACGUCCCUCACCGCAGAUGCGCUCUCGCGGCUUCAGCUGCAAGAGAAACGUGCUAACCCUUGGAGCCAGCGUUCUGGCAUGAAUCGGCAGCAUCAGCAGCAGCGUCAUCAACCGCCGCAACAUCAAACACCGCAGCGACCACAGCAGAAUCAGCAGCAGCAGAAGCAGCAACGGCCUGAGAUCCAGGGGCAACCAGCGGUGCCUCAGCAGCCGAAAGGUGGUUACGUCUGGCAGCAGCUUGCCGCCUUCGGCUGGGAUACAUGGAAUCAAGGACCAGUGUUCCGCGAACAGGACAAGGAAUGCCGGAUUAAGCCAUCUGAGUUCAGUCGGUGGCCAGAGCCCAAGGGUGGAGGCGGUUCUGGCAGCACAUGGUCAUCGCUAUUUGCCGUCAUCCUCUACGCUCUCCUGAACUGGUCCUACACAACCGCCGUGUUCACCGCUCCCGGCAGCACGACCAACGGCAGCGGGUACAGCACCCUGCCCACCCACGAGCCGCGUGCGACCACCAGCCCGACCACCUUCACCGUCAAGUCCAACGGGGAGAUACGCUUCUGCAAGAAAUGCCAGGCCCGCAAGCCCGACCGCGCGCACCACUGCUCGACGUGCAGGCGGUGCGUCCUCAAGAUGGACCACCAUUGCCCGUGGCUCGCCACCUGCAUCGGACUGCGCAACCACAAGGCGUUCCUGCUGUUCCUCAUAUAUACAACCCUGUUUAGCAUGUACAGCUUCUUGGUGGCGGGGUCUUGGACCUGGGACGAGAUUGUCAAUGACGUGACGUACGUCGAAUCACUCAUGCCGGUUAACUACAUCGUGUUGUGUGUCAUUGCUGGAAUCAUAUCACUGGUCGUCGGCGCGUUCACAGCGUGGCACAUAAUGUUGGCGGCUCGCGGGCAGACCACCAUCGAGUGUCUCGAAAAGACGAGGUACCUCUCGCCGCUGCGAAAGACGUUGCAGAAUGCCUACCAAGCACAGCACACCGACGGGCGAGGGGUCCCGAUGCCCCGUUACGGACAGCAGUUGCUGGAUGCGCACCAGAACAUAUUGCCGGGAGUCAGCCGGCCCGAGGAGGGCGAGGAACUCCGAACGCUGGCGCCGAGCCAGAGGGUCCAGAGGGACCAGGAGAACACGACGCUGAUCAGCGGCAUGCCGAGACACAUGUCCUACGACGAGAUGGAGCGCCAACGCGCGCGCAAGAGAUACGAGGAGUACCUCGAAGAACAGGACAGCAGCAAGCUACCCAACGCUUUCGACCUGGGCUGGAGGCGGAACCUGCUGCACCUCUUCGGGCACAACCCCUGGCUGUGGAGCAUACCGAUUCUCAACACCACCGGCGACGGUUGGACGUGGGAGCCAUCGCCCAAGUGGCUCGAGGCCACCCAACGCAUCGAGCGAGAGCGCAAUGAGCAGCGUGCUAGGGAACGCGCUGCUGGCUGGGGCGUGCCCGAUGACGGCGGCGACGUGGAGUCGGAGCUAACGCCGCCGUCGUGGAACCCUCCACUGGGAGGGCGCCGGCCGGCACUAUGGGAACGAGAGGCCGAGCCCGCCGCGCAAGACACCAAGCAAGGCCGACAAAGUCCUGGACUGAGCCCGGCAGGGAAGAGGGACGCGGUCAAGCGAAGGAAGCCGGACGAUGUCUACGGAGACAACGACAGCCUAUUCGACACGAGCAGCGACGAGCUCGACGACACCGAGGAAGAGGCCCAGCAGCAGGGGCAGGGGCAGAAGGCAGACAGGAAGGGCUCUGGGCCCCUGAACCCAAAACCGAGCAGUCCCAACAACCCGUUCAGCACCGGCGGAGGGCGUAAUAUGGGUGUUGGCAGCGGUGUGAGCGGGCUGCUGCGAAAGGCGUCCAACAACUCCCUCGCCAAUGCCAACGCGAAGUAUAAACAGCGAAAUGACGAGGACGAGGUGGACUAA